AGGAUGUACAGCUACCCCGCCCGCGUGCCGCCCCCGCCCCCCAUCGCCCGCGCCGUGGUGCCCUCCAAGCGCCAGCGCGUCUCCGGAAACACCUCCCGGCGCGGCAAGAGCUUCAACAGCAAAUCCGGACAGCGCGGCUCCUCCUCCAAGUCGGGAAAACUGAAAGGCGACGACCUGCAGAGCAUCAAGAAGGAGCUGGGGCAGAUCAAGGCCAAGGUGGACGCGCUGCUGGAGAGCCUGGAGCGGCUGGAGCGGGAGCAGAGUGAGAACCCCCGGGGGCGGCUUUUGGGGCGGAAAACGCGAUUUUCGGGGGUGGGAACGGUUCUUGUCAGCGGGGUCUGCCCGGGGCCCCUCAGGCUCCACCCACCACCGGCAGAUCGCCCCGGUUCCUCUCCCAAAUCACCGAUUUUCACCCUAAAUGUCCAGUUUUAACCCCUAAAUGUCCAAUUUGAACCACUAAAUCCCUGGUUUUUCCCCCAAACAUCCAAGUUUAACCCCUAAAUCCCUGAUUUUCCCCUCAAAUGUGCGAUUUUAACCCCUAA